AUGGCCCUUACCCUAAAGCUCGGUGAGGCGGCCUUGAUCCUGGCACUGGACAUGUUAGGCCACCCAGCGCGAGGGAAUGAAACCGGUAUUUGCGAGUCACCAGGCAUUGUUCUUUCACCCGAGCUCGAGCUGAUGCUACUCAACACUCUGUGCCUUUGCGGUGUCCAGAGUGCCAUCCGGCUAGUCAUUGGAAUACGAAAUUGA